AAUCGAAACUGGCAAAAAAAAACAACAUAUUUUGUGUUUUUGCUAAACUACAAAGAAAUCUAGAUAUUUUAAAUCUAAAAAGGUUAAAAUGGCACAAGUUGCCUUUUUGGAUACUUUGCUACGGGAAUACCUGGUCUUCCGAGGCUUUUCCAGUACACUGAAAGCCUUAGACUUGGAGCAGCGCACAGAAAAAGAUCAGCACUUCCGCGCUGAGAGAAUUUUGGAACAAUUCACGUUAGCAAUACAGAGUUAUGAUUUGCAGGCACUUCGAAGCUUAUGGAUUCACUUGGACAACAAUCUCUUUAGCAAACUGGAGCACACAUAUGCUCAAGCUGUCAAGAAGCUAGAAAAUAGCCUGCUUAAAUACUACCUGGUGACGGCAUACAGUAACAAUAAAUUGGAUAAGAUAUCGGAAUUCUUUACAAAGCUAGCGGGUGAAUUGCAACAGCAGAGCGAGUGGAAGGAUUGGUUUUAUUUUCCGUUUUGCAAGAAUGCGGAAGAAUCGCCAACAUUUGCCUUGUUUUUUACGAGGCAUUGGCAAGACACAUUACUGCUGUCAUUGCGCAACUUCCUCACCACUGUGUAUCAGUGCCUGCCGCAGCCGACAUUUGUCCGGGCAGAGCAAGAGGCCACUCAUAUGCAUCGGCUGAACGAGGACAAUGUGGGAUUAAGAAGCCGUCUACUGCAUAUGCAGCAGGAAUUGCAUCAACAACAACAGCAACCACAGCAGCAGUCAGUUAGUGGAAGUGCACAGAAUCUAAGCGGUGGAGAGGCCAGCACUCGGCGGCGUAGCGCAUAUCGUCAUCAACAAAGCCUAAACGAUAUCUUGCCCUUUGACAUAAGUCCUCCAGGUCAUAUAGUCGAUGACUUUUGUAUUAUUGCUUCCGAAGCCAACAGUAUUAGUCAAGCCAGUGAUGCCCAGGCUCGUGGCCUGAAAUUACUCAUACGCAACAUUGGUUCCGGCAACUCACCGGUGUUGGGUCGCAAGGACAAUCAAGGUGGCGGCAAUGGCGGUGGAUCUUCCAAACGGCGUUCGGGCAGCGUGGGACGCAGUUGGAUAUAAUUCAAUUUUUACACAUUCCACAUAUAAAAUAUCCUAGAAAAGCAAUAUCUAAUGCUGCCUAACUUACAAUCGUCUAAACAUCAACUAUAUAAUCAAGAGAUUUCCAAAUCUAAAUUGGAUUAGACAGGAAAUUGAUUUAAACCAAAAGAUUACGAAUUUCGUAUCCCAAAACUAUAAAUUAUAAAUAGAUUGCAAAUCUUGCCGCUAUUGUUUAAGUCGUGAAUAUGAUUUAAGACAAAUGUUUCCAUCGAAUUAUACCAAAAUAUAAUUAUAGUUUUUAACCAGA